GCUGCUACGUCACCAAGCCAUCCGCCCCAAUCCUCAUCCAGGCAUUUACUCUGAGUGUGUGAGUGUGGAUGUGUGUGUGGCAUCUUUGCCACAUGACUCUCCCACCCCUCCUUCCCCUGCUUUGCCUGGAGCUGGGCUUGGAUUGUCAACAUCUCCGGCACAUUGUGGCCAUCCCUGCUAUUUUGCCCUUACCUUCAGAGCUCAUAGAAAGAGCCAAAGGAGGCAACAUCUGGGAGUAGCUUCAAGAAGACUGAAAUCAGAGGCAGAAUGCCCACCUUGGAGAAGCUCAUCUGGUAACAGCAUCGUGGUCUCUUUGGUGCCAGGUGAAGACUUUUGGAUUCACAAGCUUCAAGGAUGGCGAACAAGACCCAUGAGGAAAGGUUGAAAGACUUAGGGUCCACAAUGAACGCAGCACGGAGGUCAGCCCGAGUGGAUUCGGGGGCGACAGAGUCCCAGAUGGAGCCGUCCCUCAAUGCCACCGAAAUGCCCAGCAAGGAGAAUGUUUUUUCCGACAUGAAAGACAAGUUCAUGAACAAACUGGGAAAGCUGCCAAUUCCACCUUGGGCUUUGGCCGCGAUCAUCAUUGUUGUUGGAGUGCUACUUCUGUGCUGCUGCUUCUGCAUCUGUAAAAAAUGCUUUGGCAAAAAGAAGAAAGGAAAGAAAGGGAAAGACAAAGGGAAGGCUCAGAUUAAUAUGAAAGAGGUGAAAGAGUUGGGCAAAAGCUACAUUGAUAAGGUCCAGCCUGAGGUAGAAGAUUUGGACCCAUCACUGUUGCAGGAGCCUAAAGAGGAGAAGCCACAGGAACAGUUGGGGAAACUCCAGUACUCACUUGACUAUGACUUUCAGAGCACACAGCUGGUAGUGGGCAUAAUACAAGCUGCUGACCUCCCAGCACUGGACAUUGGAGGUACCUCUGAUCCUUAUGUCAAAGUCUUCCUGCUCCCAGAGAAAAAGAAAAAAUAUGAGACCAAAGUCCAUCGCAAAACACUCAACCCCACGUUUAAUGAGUCCUUCACAUUUAAGAUUCCCUACUCAGAGCUGGGUGGCAAGACCCUUGUCAUGUCUGUCUAUGACUUUGACCGCUUCUCCAAGCACGAUGCCAUUGGUGAGAUCCGUAUUCCCAUGAACACUGUAGAUCUGGCUCAUGUGAUUGAGGAGUGGCGGGACCUACAGUCAGCGGAGAAGGAGGAGCAUGAGAAAUUGGGAGAUGUCUGCUUUUCACUCCGGUAUGUCCCUACAGCUGGGAAGCUGACUGUGAUAGUCCUGGAAGCCAAAAACCUCAAAAAGAUGGAUGUGGGAGGUCUUUCAGACCCCUAUGUUAAAAUUCAUCUCAUGCAGGGAGGGAAACGUAUUAAGAAGAAGAAAACAACCAUAAAGAAGAAUACAUUGAAUCCUUAUUAUAACGAGUCCUUCAGUUUUGAGGUGCCUUUUGAACAGAUCCAGAAAGUCCAGGUUGUCCUGACGGUCCUGGAUUAUGACAAGCUUGGCAAGAAUGAAGCCAUUGGAAAGGUCUUUGUAGGCUGCAACGCUACGGGCGCAGAGCUUCGCCACUGGUCCGACAUGCUGGCCAACCCUCGGCGGCCCAUUGCCCAGUGGCACACCCUGCAGCCUGAAGAGGAGGUGGACGCAGCGGUUGGCAUAAAGACCUCUUGAUGCCCCUUGGUUGCUGGCCGAAUUACUCGGCAACAAUUCUGUCUCCCGUCCAGAGCGCAUGGGAGUGUGUGGGUGAGGCGCCCCUGAAAAUGCGUAUGUGUGUGUGGAGGGGGGAGCCUGUGAGCCUGUCUCUUCUCUCAGAGCCAUUUCCUGUUGAAAAAAAAUAUCUUCCAAGAGUAAAUCCUGUUUUUAUCCACUGUGUGAAAAAAGGAAGGAAGCUUGCAUAGUAGUUGGAGACAGGUGAGAGGUUUAAUACAGGUUUACUAUGAAGCUAACAAAGCAAAUAUUACAAGUUUAGAUACUUUGGUUUUCAGAUAUGAGUCAUGCACUUCAAAUCUGACUCUCAUUAGCAGGUGGGCUUACCUUUCAAGACAAAAAAAUACUUAAAUUUAUUGGAUCAUAUGUUACCAUGCUGCCAUAGGUCUCAAAUAAACCUACUGUUUAUCCCUUUCAACCAAUAGAUUUGCUGCCGGUGUCUUUAAGUGAAACUAUUUCGUACACGUUUUGGCUAAUGUUCUAUGGUGCCAUGUUUGAAAACUAGACCUCAAGUGGAAAUCUGUCGUAAACAAUCUCUACAGUUGCAUUUACAACAGGUUUACCAACAUGUUUUUUCUGAUUACGUCAACUAUAUAACCUUAGAUGUUGUGUUAUAUCUGGAAAGCAAGAUGCAAAGUUAAAAAGCAUACCAGAAAUGUUUUGAAACAUCUACCCAAAAAUAUUUGAAAACAUAGAAAAUAGGAAACUUUAAAAUAGCUUUACAUUUGACCAAGGCUACAGUUUAUACUCAUUUAUCUGAGAGUAUGUCUAUUGAAUCAAACAGUACUUAUUUCAGGGGAGGCAUUUAUGAAACUGAUUCAUACAAAAAAUUUAAAAUGUUGGUAUUUUGUGUUAUUAAACAUUUAAAAUUUGGAUCGCCUUAGGGCCGUUCCAUACAGCUGAAUAAAAUCCUACAUUAUCUGCUUUGAACUGGAAUAUAUGGCAGUGUGGACUCAGAUUACCCAGUUCAAAGUAGAUAUUGUGGGAUUUUCUGCCUUGAUAUUCUGGGAUAUAGGGCUGUGUGGAAAAGCCCUUAGAAAACCCAAAACACUGUUGUUAGGGAUAAGAUUUAAAAUAUAAUAUGUAUGAGUUUAAAAUACAGAACUCUAGAAAGUGUGUGGUAGUAGCACUAAUUAUUUAAAUACCUUAUAUUAACAUGCUUAUUUGGUGUAUAAAAACUAGAUAUUCAACUAAACUGUAGUAUAAAUUGGUAAUUUAGGUCCCUUCUGCACUGAUUUAUAAUCCAGAUUACCAACGCAGAUAAUCCACAUUAUCUGAAUUGAACUGGAUUAUUUCAGUCAACAUUGCCAUGUAAUCCAGUUCAAAGCAGAUAGUUUGAAUUGUAUAAGGCAGCGUAGAAGAGGCCUUAGUUUCACCUGCAAAACUAACAUGGUUUUUUUUUCCAGUUUUAAUCUUUAAGCAUAGUUGAGCAUUAAACAUCAGCCAAUGAAUUAAACUACUCAUAUAUAGUUUAUCCUAUUCUAUAUUGGUAUAAUUUCAAUUUUAUAGCAGUUUUAACACAGCCAUUGACCAAUUUUACAGUACCUGCUCGACAGCAUAUUUAUUAAAUGUUUGAUAUGGGUAUUAUACAAAAUUUGCUAUAAGCUUUAUGUAGACCAGAUAACUACAGAUUUACUAGUGUUUUACUACCCAACUUGUAAUAAUUUUGCUAUCUUGAAAACAAGUUUACAUUUUUGCUACAAGCUUAAGCCUAGUUUAUUAUUACAACUGCAAUGAGUUUGAUGUUUGACACAUUUUAUAAAUGACAAAGAACAUUUAUCCAGAUGUUUACUAUAGGAUUUACAGCUGGUUUACAAUGGUUUUACAUAGGCUGAAAAAAUGUUUACAAUCCAUUCACCUUUGCUGUGGCAAUGUUACAAAAGAACGGGUUUUACAACAAAUAUUUUGUAAUUCUCUAAGUAAUUCUCUAAUGCUAGCUAAUUUGCUGGGCAAUUUAUUUAGCGAGUAAAUUCACAUUAGCAACAAUGUUAUUUAAAAAAAAAAUCCAGCCAUUUAAAGAAUUAAUUUAAAAAUUCAAGCUUUCGAACUCCAAACCCAAAUUUUUGCAUUAAAAUUUCAAAAAUCAUAUUUUGAACCUGAAUUUUGAACAAAGUUCUGAGAAAGCUUUUAUGUGGACCAGGGGAUGCUGGGAGUUGCUAUCACAAAAGUAACUUUAGAUGUGCUCCAUAAUUUUAAAAGAAUACAAUAUUUGAGUUUCGUGCAGGAACUCAAUUUAGAACUAUAGCUAUUAAUAUGGAAGAAAAUUUCUUAUUCACUAUACAUUUACAAUAGAUUUUGUAUCUAACAUGAAUCUGAAGUUCACCUAAGUGUUGAAUCCAUGGAACUCAGAGAAAGAGACUGUUAGGUUGUAGACAUAUUUCAUAAUCUUGUGAGUUGCAGAUGAGGUCCAGUUUUCAAAGAAAGUUGCCAUCCAUAUUUAGGAAAAGAUGGAAUCAUUUUAAUAUGGUCUGAAUUAGAAUUACCAUAUAUCCUUUUUGAUGAAUUUACCUACUCCUUGACCAUACCCAUGGGAUUAUAAUUCCACCACCUCUUUCUUUUAGAAUGAUAUAAUAAUCUUCAUCACCAUUGUUAUCAUCUUCAUUAAUAGCUCCAGCAGAUCUUUUGAUUCAGUAAGAAUUUGAGAAGCCUAUACUUGCACAUUUUUUAUUCUGUUGGUCUACUGCAGUGGUUCCCAACCUUUGGUCCUCCGGGUGUUUUGGACUUCAGCUCCCACAAUUCCUAACAGCUGGUAAACUGCCUGGGAUUUCUGGAAGUUGAAGUCCAAAACACCUGGAGGACCAAAGGUUGGGAACCACUGGUCUACUGUCUGGGAUUAGCAAUUGCAUUUAAAGCCUUUCUCUUCUUCGGGAGGUAGAACAGUAUUAUGUUUUUGAAAUCCUCUUGGGUGAGGGGGGAAUAGAAAGUGUCUAAAUCUUGCAAUAUAUUCCUACAUAUGUUUUCUUAUAGUUAAAUCCCACUAAAUUAAAUGGCACUUAUUCCCAGAAAGAUGGGUAACUAAAGUUAUAACUUUCAUAGUUUUAUAUUCAGGAAGGGUAAUUUUAAAUUGCUUUGGAGGUUAUCUAGCUAAUAUUCUCUCAUCCUGGCUUUAAAGGCACAUCAUCAGUUCUCCCACACUGAGUGCUUUUAGAAAGAGUUGCCAGAUGGAAAACAGGAGGUGGUUUCUGUUUCUUUAAUGGUUGCAUAGAAGAGGGAAUUUCAUCUUGUCAUGCAUCUAGGUAACAAGCAAUAGUCUUCUGAAAUCCCUGAGCUGCAAAACUUGCUGACCGAAAGGUCGGCAGUUCGACUCCACAGAGCAGGGGAGCUCCCAUCAUAAGCCCCAGCUUCAGCCAACAUAGCAGUUUGAAAAUAUGAAAAUUUGAGUAGAUCAAUAGGUACUGCUUUGGCGGGAAGGUAAUGGCCCUCCGUGCAGUCAUGCUGGCCACAUGUACUACCGUGUUUCCCCGAAAAUAAGACAGUGUCUUAUAUUAUUUUUUGCUCCCAAAAUGUGCUAGGUCUUAUUUUCAGGGGCUGUCUUAUUUUUCCAUGAAGAAGAAUUCACAUUUAUUGUUGAACAAAAAAAGAAAGAACAUUUAUUAUAUACUGUACAGUAGUUGUCAUCACAAACCAGCAUAACCAGACAAACUGUAAAUCCUAUCAAGAUUUUCUUGUUACUAUUUAUUUCCAUGUACAACACUCUACGAUAUGUACAUUUACCAAUCCUGCAUGCUCUGGUGUUCUGUUCGGCGGGCAUGCUUACAAACAAAAACUUUGCUAGGCCUUACUUUCGGGGGAGGCCUUAUAUUUAGCAUUUCAGCAAAACCUCUACUAGGUCUUAUUUUCUGGGGAUGUCUUAUUUUAGGGGAAACAGGGUAGGAAGCAUCUAUGGACAACACCAGGACUUCAGUUUAGAACUGGAGAUGAGCACCAUCCCCCAGAGUCGGACUCAACUAGACUUAAUGUCAUGGGGAAACUUUUACCUUACAUAACUUUUAAAGGGAUAGAAGCUGUCUCCAGUUCUCAAUGUGGCAGCCUUACAAGAAGACCCUUGGCAGAAACAGAAGACAAAAGUUAUGAAAAAAAAUAUACAUUACUACCUAAAUAGUCUGCCUAAACAUUAGGAAGAAUUUCCUGAUGGUAAGGGCUAUUUGACAGUGGAUUAUGCUGGCCAGAGUGCUUGAAAAAAAGAUGGUCUAUCAGCUCUUUCACAAUCUACAUAACUUUUUAUUCCAUUCUUAUGGGGAUUUCUCAAACCAAUGUAUUAAUUCCCUAAGCCAGUUUUCACAUUAUUUUUUCUCAGAUUUUAUAGAGGUAGGAAUUGUGCAAUGGAAGUCCAGGGAAAUAAAAAAGGGUUGUUUUAACAUAUGAAUUUUACCCACUGUCAAAUUACAUGUAUUCUAGGCUCCACGAGUCUAGCUGGUAUGCUUUGUUUCAUCCAAAUAUAAAGAAAAUUAGUUUUUAAAUGAAACCUAGCUCCUAGUGGUAUUCUUAGAGCGCAGCUGAGUUUAGCAUAAUCUUUUCUACACAGAUGUUUAGGCUCGAAGUGUUUUUUUUAUCAGCCUACCAACCAUAACAAAUAAAUGAUAAAGGAUUGUGAAUAUUAUAGCCCAAAGGUUUCUCUUGAUUUACAAAAACAGCCUGGAUUUUCAACCUGUUUGGGCUUUGAGUAUAGCUGUUGAUCAUUAGUGAUAACAGGUAAGGAUCACCACCCAGUGAUGAAUGUCGAAUCUAAAAUUAAUUUCCUUCAAAAAAGGAAAUAAUACUCUAAUCACAUAAGUGAGUACACUCAAGCCUUCCAAAAGAAAGUCCCCAGAAAUUAAUUAUUGCCUCAUGCUUUGUUAUUAAAAAUGUAAAUGGAUCCUGUUCAUUUCAUCAAUAAGCCCAUGUUAAUACCUAAAGCUAUGCAGAUCCUCGUAGAUCCAGUGUCAAAUCUGUAACCAUGGAAAUGUUGUUACUAAUAGCUUCUUGAGGAGAUGUGGAUCUCACUCUCCUUCUACACUGUGGAGCAGGAUUCAAAGAUUAAACCAAAAAGGAAGGAAGGAAGGAAGGAAGGAAGGAAGGAAGGAAGGAAGGAAGGAAGGAAGGAAGGAAGGAAGGAAGGAAGGAAGGAAGGAAGGAAGGAAGGAAAACCGAUAGACCUAUCAGAAGACUUGACCCAGGUUAUCUGGCCAUCUGAGGGGCAUGGUGGCCAUAUUGAUUUGUUGCUAACUGAUGUGUUUUAUAGUUGCAGUGUUGAUAGGAUUGCAUAUCCACCUCCAUGUCAUUUUAGAUUUUCCCCUUCUCUGCUGACCCUCCCAGAUCAAUCUUGUGUCAAACAAAGCCAUCACACCCCUUUGGUUUUCAUUUUGUUAAUGUCAAAGAGAAGAGAAGCAUUCCAGAUCAUGGUUACUGCCGAGCCACAAGGAGUACUGUGUAAUGUGUCACACAAAUGACUGUUCAUUUCAAGUAGCUCAAACACCAUCUCAUUAUCUGCUAGCACCAUCCGCACCCUUGAGUAGACCAAGAGGGUGUCCAUAGAAGAUGGAUGACAUUGAGUUGUUGGUCAGUGCUGUGUUGUAUUUCCAUCCAAUGUGCCCUGCAAGCAAAUUCGCCUUUCUCACACCUCCUUUUCCCUGCUAACAUCUAUCCUCUGCUUUUAUUUGGCAUCGGCUAGCAUGGAGAUGCCAAAGUCAACAUGUCCACAGCAGUGAAAAUAGGCCACCUCGAAGUUUAACUGUCAUGAUUGAAGGGCUUGUGUAAAGUGCAGAAGGCUUUGUAACUUUGGUGUGUGUUGUUUCUAUUCCCCAACAAUUCCUCUCAACCACCCUUUUUAGUGGUGCUGUCCUUUGAAAGCUGCCCUCCGUUUCCCUUUUGAAACCAGUUUUAAUAUUGAUGUAUUUGACCAAGCAGUACUCUUGUCUGUUAAUAAAUAAGAGAGCUCUAUA